GCGAUAUAACAGUUACAAUUUUUUAAUGAAGUUAAAAUGUAUAUAAGUAUUCUCGAGCUUCCGUACAUCUGCGACCCAGAAAAGGACAAGCCGGUAUAGAUACUGAUGAAUUGAUAAAUAUUCUUACAUUUUUCUGUUACUUUUAGGUUUGCGCGAGAAUAUAGCAGUUCCGUUUUCAACCAGUGCGAAGAGUGCAGUUUCGCAUAAACUUCACAUGACAAUUAUGUGUAGGUAAAGAAAAAAUGGAGAAAAUUUAUUGACAACAUUCGGAAUUAAUCCAAAACAAUAUUUAACGAAUUGCUAUGGACACUGGACGUAAUAAAUGCGAUACUAUUAAAAUAAGUUUAUUUAAUAUUACUCUCAGGCUUGCGUGAAACAGUUCCACAGGUGUACUAUCCGUAUUUUAACAUUAAACGUAGCCUCUUUUAAGAAGUAGCCUUACAACAAUUGAAUCAUUUGUAAUCUGUCGGUUUUCGAUCCAGUUUUGUGGCCAAACAUACGACUUUGUGGUUAAAGGAAAUGUUCAUUUUUUAAUGACUGCGCGAUGUCUACCGUUUGAGAGAACAACUGUAGUAGCCCACAUUUCAACACCGAGAUAUUCAGUGCAGACGCUGGUCUCCGGACUGGGGUCCCUGUCGUCCUGCUAUAAAUCGGGUCUCAUGCGUCAUAUGGUUCCCUUUAACUGGUUAUAGCAAGCUGAUACAGGCUGGAAACUCAACACUUCAACACACCUUAUCCAGCGAGACAGUGUUUUUGAGCCGAGUACAGACUUCCUAUACUCAGUGUGAUGUAUGCAUAUUUAUGGUGCGCUUAUUACGGCAUGUUAGCUAUGCGUGUCCUUUGCCUACAGCAAAUGGUCUUAUGCAAUGUUCUGUUCUUCCAUUCUCGCUAAUACAGGAUAAACACCGCCGACAUCUAGUUCUGUCAAGCUUGUCUUUACUUUUGUUGUUAACAGUUGUGUGUGUGUGUGUGUAUGUAUAUAUUUCACUUGAAGACGUUGAAAUUGUUACCAAGUCCCGAAAAACCGGUCCUCAACCAGUUACUACAAAUAAUAAUAAUAACUUAGCUACAGAAAUAUAUAAAUCCGUUUUCUGUUCAAAUCUGGUGGUCUCGGAAUAAUGCGACUGCAAUGUAAUAUUUGCAUAGUUUGUAUGUAUAUAAACAUUAAAUAAAUAACCUGAGAUUUUUUAUUAUGUGCAUAUUAAAAGUAUUUUAAAAGCUUUUUACUGCCAUUAAAUUAAUUCGCCACCCAAAAGCAACAUGCAAAUACAGUUAUGGCUGCCGUAACUAUGGGAUAAUAAUUAUUAGAUUAAUUGAAAUAAUUAUUUUUGAAUAGCAUAUUGGCAGCCCGAAAACCCGUUACAGACUUUUUUAGUGUACCAUAACACGCGUACUUUGUUUACGUGAAUUAUUCUGCAAUUUACCGGUUAAGUAGUUUCAAGAAAGAACACCUAGUACUUUCGGCAUCAACUUGUGAACGCUUCCGUAUGUGAUGACGUCAGCCGUGGGCGGAGCUCGGCCCGUAAGUGAUUGAAAUAGGGAGCUGAAUUUUAGUCAACAGAGCGCAGCGCGCUAGGCGCUGAUUGGUGUAAGUUUUGAAUACCCCCCAAUCAGGGCACAAUAUGUCUGGGGACCCUUGAAAAUGAUUCGUACAAGACAGUGUUACUCAACUUUAAGACACGCCCCGGGGAACGCAAGCGCCAGAUCAUAUUACUAUGCGCGCCUGCACCUUGCCGUCGUAUAAAUUAGGGCAGAAGCUCAGUCUAGUUCAGUAUACCAUAACGUGCUGAGUGGUGUGGACAUACUGCUAUACCCCUGUGUGGAGCAAUGACAGUUACCACGGAGGCUGAUUCGUCGCCUAUGACUUAUUCAAAAAUGAGAGGAGUUGUUGCAGUUCUUACUGCUUUUAUGAAGCAGAGAAGAAUGGGAUUGAAUGAUUUCAUUCAGAAGCUGGCUACUAAUUCAUACGCUUGUAAACACCCUGAAGUCCAGUCCAUUCUGAACAUGGGCUCCCCUCAGGAUACUGAGCUGUUGAAUGCUAACCCCUCUCCACCUCCAAGUCCAUCACAGCAGAUCAACCUCGGACCAUCUUCAAACCCCACUGCCAAGCCCUCAGACUUCAACUUCCUCAAAGUAAUUGGGAAAGGCAGCUUUGGGAAAGUGCUUCUGGCAAGACACCGGACAGACGACCAGUUCUAUGCCGUGAAAGUGUUACAGAAGAAGGCCAUCUUAAAAAAGAAGGAGGAGAAGCACAUAAUGUCAGAGAGGAAUGUCCUGCUGAAGAACGUGAAGCACCCUUUCCUGGUUGGGCUGCACUACUCCUUCCAAACUGCAGACAAGCUCUACUUCGUCCUGGACUAUAUCAAUGGAGGAGAGCUGUUCUACCACCUUCAGAGAGAGCGCUGCUUUCUGGAGCCACGAGCACGUUUUUACGCCGCGGAGAUUGCCAGCGCACUGGGCUACCUGCACUCGCUCAAUAUCGUGUAUCGGGACUUGAAGCCAGAGAACAUCCUGUUGGACUCUCAGGGUCACAUUGUGCUGACGGAUUUCGGCCUGUGCAAGGAGAACAUCGAGCCCAACGGAACCACCUCCACGUUCUGUGGCACUCCAGAGUACUUGGCCCCAGAAGUUUUGCACAAGCAGCCCUAUGACCGGACAGUGGACUGGUGGUGUCUGGGGGCUGUGCUGUAUGAGAUGCUGUAUGGUUUGCCUCCAUUCUACAGUCGCAACACGGCUGAGAUGUACGACAACAUCCUGAACAAGCCACUGCAGCUAAAGCCUAACAUCUCCAACGCAGCCCGCAAUCUCCUGGAGGGCCUUCUCCAGAAGGACCGCAGCAAGCGGCUGGGCUGCAGCCAGGACUUUACUGAGAUCAAAGACCACAUGUUCUUCUCUCCAAUCAACUGGGAUGAUCUGAAUGCCAAGAAACUUACACCUCCCUUCAACCCUAAUGUGAGUGGCCCUAAUGACCUGAGGCACUUUGACCCAGAGUUUACAGAUGAACCUGUCCCUAGCUCCAUCGGUUGCUCCCCGGACAGUGCCCUGGUCACCUCCAGCAUCCAGGAGGCAGCUGAGGCUUUUCUUGGCUUCUCCUAUGCCCCCUCCAUGGACUCCUACCUGUAGUCACAGCCUUGGAUUGGGAAAACCGGGUUGACUUUGAUGUCCCACAGGAAGGGGAAAUAUUUGCACAUCGCUUAAGGCAGCUCUUUGGCCUUAACACUGAAUGAGGUCCAGCUAAGACUUCCAUAAGCACAGUUCUCAACUCUAUCACAAGACCUGUGUAGUGUCAUCGUAGAGGAACUACAUUGGGGCCAGCACCUCCAAGAGGACACUUACAGCUCUGAAACAGUGUUUCUGAUAUACUGAAAGCUGGAAACCCUGAAUCGAAUGUGACCUGGAGGGCAUUAGUAGGGUGCCUUUGGUCCAUUGUGAAAGUAGCUAGGCUCCACUUGAAGCAGUUUUCCACUGAUCGUCAACUGCAGGACCUGAGGAACUUCUUGGAACCUCAUUUAACUAUACCAGUGUGGAGGUCUUGGCACCGGAGCAUUCGUUCAACUGACUGGCACUGCAACUUUGGUUUCGCCUCUUAAUUCUGCUUUUCCGUAGUUUUACAGUUUAAUCCUUCGUUGGCGAUGCUACAAGAUGCUUGAAAAGGGUGUUGCUACUGUUUGGUGUAAAUAAGGACUUGGACCAAAACUCUAGACCAUGUUUGAUAUGGCUAGCCUCCUGUAGUCUUCCAUUGCAUAUUUAUGUGUUAAUAUUGUAAAGUUGGGCAUUACUUUGUCUAAACUUUGCAUUCCAUUUAAUAUUGAUGUGUGCCUGUAUUUAAGUUAAUUUGUACAUUAUGUGUUCUGUUUUAAUGUAUAUUAAACAAACUAAAGGGUAUGCUUAUGACUAUUCAUGUUUAAAUGUAUGUAAAUUGUAAAAUGUAUGAUUUGUGACCAUGUCCGGUUUGCAGUAAAAGUAAAUGUUAUUUUC